UCUGGACAGGAGAAAAGGUGGCUGAUGCUGCUGCUCACUCCAGACAGGUCUGUAGAUCAGAGACAGGCUGGCAGCCGCCAGCCCCUCCUACAUUUGAGGUAUCCAGCUGUAUUUGGAUCCGGUGGCACAAGAAGAACCCGGUGUGCCACGGGCUGGCUGCCCAAUGGCUGGAUUGUAGGAUGUGACCGGUGAAUUAGCCGUGCUCCCGUUCCCGUGGCGGUGCCCAAUCGCACAGUGUGGUGCCGCAGCUCCCAGCGGGGCUGUCACUCGCAGCUGGCUCAGGAGCACCGGCUGCUGCUGAUGUUCGAGCCUAAAAGCUGAGGGGGAUUACAAUGACUAUGUCAGAACACGCAGGAGACUCAGCAGAGAGGUCAUCUACGUCAGACCUCAACGUGGCACUGCGUGAAUGUAUGGCAGCUCUGGAUUUAUUUCUUAACAACAAGUUCUCGGAUGCUUUGGCUUCUUUACAAGCGAAAACUAAAGACAGCAUGUAUCAUGCCCUGACUUAUGCCACCAUACUGGAGAUGCAGGCUAUGAUGACAUUUGAUCCUCAGGACAUACUGAAUGCAGGGAACACAAUGAAGGAAGCUCAAGCCACCUGUCAAAGAUUUAGGAAGAAAUCUACUGUAGCUGAUUCUAUCAACAACCUUGUGCAUAGGCAAAGCCUUGAACACUUCACUGAAGAGGAAAUCCACGCAGAAAUUUGUUAUGCUGAAUGUUUACUUCAGAGAGCAGCGCUCACAUUCCUCCAGGAUGAGAAUAUGGUCAGCUUCAUAAAAGGAGGCAUCAAAGUCCGAAACAGUUACCAAACCUACAGGGAGCUGGACAGUCUCAUACAGUCCCCACAUUAUGUCAAAGGAGAGAACCAUCUUCAUUUUGAGGGAGGUGUAAAACUUGGAGUUGGAGCAUUUAACCUGACCUUGUCCAUGUUUCCUGCACGGAUUCUGAGAUUACUGGAGUUUGUUGGAUUUUCUGGGAAUAAGGAACAUGGUCUGCUGCAGCUUCAAGAAGGAGCAUCAUCGUACAGCUUUAGGUCGGUGCUGUGUACCAUGCUGUUGCUUUGCUAUCAUACUUUCAUGACCUUUGUGUUAGGGACAGGAAAAGGAAAUGUUGAGGAGGCAGAAAAACUACUUAAGCCUUACUUGGCACGCUAUCCAAAGGGAGCCAUAUUCCUGUUUUUUGCAGGCAGGAUAGAAACACUAAAGGGUAAUAUUGAUGCGGCAGUCAAUAGGUAUGAGGAAUGCUGCGAAGCUCAGCAGUACUGGAAGCAGUUUCAUCACAUGUGCUACUGGGAGCUGAUGUGGUGCUUCACCUACAAGCGCCAGUGGAAGAUGGCUUUUUUCUACGCAGACCUGCUGAGCAAGGAAAACACUUGGUCAAAGGCUACUUACAUUUACAUGAAAGCUGCUUAUCUCAGUAUGUUUGGACCAGAUGACUGCAGUCCUUUUGGAGACAGCGAAGUUGAAUUAUUUAGGAUUGUUCCCAGUCUGAAACUGAAAAUUGCGGGGAAAUCUCUGCCCACAGAAAAGUUUGCAAUUCGGAAAGCACGACGGUAUCUCUCCUCAAACCCUGUUCCUUUGCCUGUCCCACCUUUGGAAAUGAUGUAUAUCUGGAAUGGCUACGCUGUAAUUGGAAAAUGUCCAAACUUAACAGAAGGGAUGUUAGAGACUUUAAAUGAAGCAGAAGAAGCAUUGGCAAAAAGUUCAGCUACAGAACUACUGGCAGAUGACCGGUGUGUGAUAAAGCUGUUAAAGGGAUUAUGCUUCAAGCAUUUGGGCAAGAUCUCAGAAGCAGAAGACCAUUUUAAUUACAUCUAUUUAAAUGAGAAGAAGAUAAAAUAUGACCAUUAUCUAAUUCCAAAUGCCUUGCUGGAGCUGGCGAUACUGUAUCUGGACCAGGACAGAAGAGAAGAAGCAAUAAAACUUCUGGAAAAAGCAAAACAAAACUACAAGAAUUACUCCAUGGAAACAAGGACACAUUUCAGAAUUCAAGCUGCCCUGCACCAAGCCAAAUCCGCCCCAGAAAAUGGAAUGCACUGUGGAGCCUCGGCAGUGUCGUAACUUUUUCUUCUUUGAUGUUCUGUUUGUUGCAAACUUUGGUGCAGAAAAUUACUGACACUUUAGAAUUAUUUUUUCUUUUCUUUCAAGUCAGUGAAAAACCAAAUAACUUAAAAUUUCAAAGGUGAUGCAUAAAACAUUAAUCUAUUGUAAUUACAUGGCAAAAAAUUUCUCAAACCAACCAUAGUCCUGAAAAUAUUGUUUUUCCAACAGUGGCUUUUUGAAUACUUACAUCUGUGUAAUUCAUUUUUCAAUCGUGUGCCUUUUUCUUGCAUUUGCAACUUUAUGUUGUAGCUUGCUUAGUGAAAGGGGAACAUUUGAAAAAAAAACCAAACAGCAAAACUUUAAAAUUUCCAGAAUUAAUUUCAGUUAGUUCUAAAUGUUUGUUUGGAUCCAUACUGCUAGCAGCUGAGAGGGAAGCACUGCUUUUUCACAGUACCUGCUUAGUUGGAAUGGUGUGAGAAAAUCUCACAGCAGGGAGGGGCUCUGGAUCCUGGGCAUUUCUAGUUGUGCACAGAAAGCUUUUCUUUACCAGCUUCUACAAGUCACAUUUUUGCUUCUGUAAGAAACCUGCUGGUGAAAAAAAUGGUGUCUCUUAUGCAAGUACCUUGACUUUUUCUUUGGUUUGGUUUUCCUGUCAAGUCUGCUGCUCGUAGCAGCUGAAUUAAUUUACUGUGGAUUCCAGGGGGAAAGGCGGUGACAGCAUAAAGCUCUAUCACUUCUUUGACAAUGGGAGGUUCUGAGGAAAUGCCUUUUGUCAAAAUGAACAUGAUCUGAAGCUUAUGUCAAAGUGAAAGCACAAAUCCUUGAAGGUCAUUUAGGAAAUGGCAACACUGCAGUGGCUGGAGUGAUUCAGGAGUUACUGUGACAGCCCAGCCCUUCCUACAGUGACUGCUCUUAGCAUUCCCAAGCUGAGAUGUCCCUGUUGUACAAGGCUGAUGGUCCCUGUGGGAGGAAGCUGAGGCUGGAGCAGGCUCCCUCAGCACAAAGGACAGCCCUUUAUCUUUCUGCUCUUUAUUGAUCUUUUGGGAGAUUUUCUGUGCAAGGGGCUUUGAGAAUAGAGCAAUGAGCUGGGCCAUGGAAUUCCUGCUUUGCUGGAAAACUGGUGAAGUCAGUGGUACCACAGCUUUGCCUCGUGUUUGCUGUUCUCCAGGCUAGCUCCAUGUCUGUAUGCCUCUGGGCUUUUGGGGCACACUUCUACCUCCCUUUUGAAAGAGCUUCUUCCCCAUUACCCAUUCUGAUGGGUGGAGAUGGGAGGUCUUCUGACAGCCCUUUUUCUCCAAUGGAGAUGUUUGUCAGGAAGAUUCAUAUCUCUGUACCUCACAGUGAAUAUCCUUUCUAAAGUGAUUGUUCCCAGCAGAAGAGAAAAUUGACAGUUUAUAGCUCUGCUUUUGCCUCCUCAAAGGAAAUAAAUUUGUUUUAUAACUGUAGAUUAAUAUGCAAGGAGACAGAACCACCAGUUCCUCAACAAGGAGAACUUGCAUUGUCUUAAAAAUAGAUAUCCUUUAUAAAAGUCUUUGCAAGUUAAAAGUCAUAGAUAAAGUAUGCAUUUUUUAAAGUUUAAAGACUUUCUCAGAUAAAUUCAGUUCCGAUAAAUUUCUCAAUUCAGAUAAAAUUCAGUAUAAACAGUUACGCUAUUUACAUGCUGCACAUCAAAACUUCAGUGUAAAAAUUCAGUCAUUCUUUGUAUAGAAUAAAAAAAGUUUCUUGUUCUACUUCAUGCAUAUAACGCCUCUUCUUCCAGUUGUGUCCUUUUCAAGUAUUUUGGCAGCCUUAGCAUCUUUUAAGCAGGCAAUGCCAUGUGAAAAUUAGCAUAAAUUGUACUUUGCAGAAAGUGAACAAUCCUUCUGAGUGUAGAUUCAUUUUUCAUCUUUGAAAUUUCACCCACAACUCAAUUUUGCCUGAUCUAAGAUACAUCACACAAAGGAUGUACUGUGUGAUACUCAGUCAGCUUUCCUGAUGAU